GCGGCGCCUGCACAUCCCUGCACCGGACUCCUGAUGGAGAGCUGCCCGGUGCGCGCCCGGUGAUGGAGCUGCCCGUAUGGCCCAGGCUAAGAGCAGCGGCGGGGGGCGCGGGGAGCUGUCCCUGGCGGAGGUGCUGAAAUCCUACGAGCAGCCCAUCAAUGAGGAGCAGGCGUGGGCCGUGUGCUACCAGUGUGCCCGGGGGCUGGCCGGCGGCUCCCCGCGGACCAGGAUACGGGACCCGGCCUCCCUGCUGCUCCACCGGGACGGGACGGUCACCGUGGUGCCGGAGAGCCCCGCCGGGACUACCGGGAAUGCCCCCCUUUCAUCACUCACGGAGACACAGCAGAUGGUGCAAUGUCUGGGCUUUGCCAUAUACCGGGCACUGGACUGGGGGCUGGAUGAGAGCGAGGAGAGAAUGCUCAGUCCCGAAUUGGAGCAGCUCAUCGAACUCAUGGCUGCCAGCGACUCCGAGGGCGUCCUGACAGACGAGGGCUAUGAAGGGACAGAGGAUGAAGAUGAAGAAGGUCCUCCAAAAGUGGUGCGGAGUCUGUCAGCAGUCCUGCGCUUCUGUGCAUCCCGUCUGCCCGAGCCCCAGGAGGCGCCAGUCCACUACCAGGCGGUAUGCAGAGCCCUGUUUGCAGAGACUUUAGAACUUCAAGCUUUUCUCCAAAAAAUAUGGGAAGCCAAAGAGAUGCUGAUGAAGAUGACGGUGGAGAAGGAAGAACCGGACGGACUUGUGAACCUGCAGAACACAGAUUGGGCGCGUUUGUGGGUGCAGCUGAUGAGAGAUCUGCGACAUGGGGUGCAGCUGAAGAAGGUGCGGGAGAAGACGUUUAACUCUUUGCCCACCGAGUACCAGCUCACUCCAUUUGAGAUGCUUAUGGAGGACAUCAGGGCACGAAAUUACAAACUGCGCAAGGUCAUGGUCGGGGGAGACAUUCCUCCUAAGGUGAAGAAAGACGCACACGAAUUAAUCCUGGACUUCAUCAGAUCUCGUCCUCCUCUGAAGCCGGCUUCCCAGCGGACUCUUCCCCCGUUGCCCCUCAGACAGAGAAGUCUCCACGAGAAGAUUCUGGAGGAGAUUAGGCAGGAACCGAAACUGCGUCCUGUGCAGACGGAGAGACGAGGACAGAAAGGCUUCGGCUCGCUCCCUUGUAUUGUGGAUGCCUAUUCUACCGAUAUGAAGUCAACAUCUUGUAUUAACCUCUCCGUUCCGGAAACUGCGGCACCGCGGGCGCGUCCCCGUAUCCUGCUCAAGGCCCCCACGCUGGCAGAGAUGGAAGAGAUGAAUCUGUCUGAGGACGAUGACUCCCCCGGUUCUGAACUGCGGCGGGUGACGAGUGCUCCAUUGCCUCUGAAACGCGACCGCUCGUUCUCCGAGCAGGACCUGGCACAGUUACAGACGGAGAUGGGACACAGGCCGCUGAGAGAAGCGGCUGAAGAACUACAAAGACCAGAGCCCCGGGCUCGAUCUGGCAGCAUGAACACCCCGCACAGACCUCUGCAUCGGACUCUGAUGGGUUACUCGGCCUAUGCCAGCUCUGGAUCCCCUUCACCCAGCCGCAGCUCCCUCAGCUCAGUGCAAGAGAGGACAGAACCAGAGUCCACCUCCGACAGCAGCUCUCGACACCAAUGGCUGGAGUUCAGUCACCCGGUGGACACGCUGGCGUUAACAGUAGAGGAGGUUAUAAACGUGCGCAGGGUGCUCGUGAAGGCAGAGAUGGAGAAGUUCCUGCCGAGCAAAGAGCUGUACACCAACCUAAAGAAAGGAAAGGUUUGCUGCUGUUGCCGGACGAAAUUCCCUUUGUUCUCUUGGCCUGCCAAUUGCCUGUUCUGUAAGAGGUCCACUUGUGGCUCCUGUAGCGUUAAGAUGAAGCUUCCAGCCAAGAAGUUUGGGCACAUUCCCGUCUACAGUGUGGGGUUUGAGAGCCCCCAAGGAAUAAUCGGCACGCAUGGACACGCUCACAAAAAGCGGGACGCCUUCCAGUCCUGCAGCGGCCUGUCCUUGAAGAAUGUAGAGAGUCAGUUCCCCCACAUCUACGCUCAGGGUUCCGCUCUGAAGGAGGUGUGUUCGGACUGCGCCAGCUUCAUCCGCGAUGUGGUCUGCUCCAGCCGAAAAAGCGUGGACAUCCUAAACGCCAGAACGGGGUCCUCUCGUCCCCAAUACAGGACAGUCAAAAAACUGUGAUAAAAUGCAGCCGCACCUUCCGCCCCGUCUCCACCACUUCCUUGUGCCGACCUAGGGCCCUUCGAGAAGGGGGCAGAAAGCAUUAACCCCUUCCUAUAUAUACAUAUAUACUAUUUAAGCUUCCAUUGAAUGAACCGAUCAGUGUAAACAGAUGCCUUGAGGAGAAGAUCGGAGUCGGGGAAGCCUUGACCUUCUCCAGUGUUGCUAUAGGACCAGUGUUAUGGUAUUGGAGAGAAGGAGGAGGCGGUUGGGUUUAAUUUAUCGUAGCUUUAUAGGCUCUAAGCCUCCAAGGACUGAGAAUCUCUUAGGGCUCCUGAAAACCUGGAGCCGGUAGGUCUGCAGAUCAUACAUCCACCUUACACUAAACGGCAAGGAAGAAAUCAGUCUCUCUAGCGCCACCUACAGACCUAUUUUACAUACAUUCCUGCAGCAGCCCCAUUUCUGGUUAUGGGGGCAUAUUAGGUAAUUGCUAUGAAAGCUGUUUCCUUAGGUAUAUUGAAUAUGGUCUGCAACCUGUGGCUGACACAGAUUUUGACCUACUGGGACUUGUAGUUUUCCAGCAAAUAAAGGGUCAAUGGUUACAGAAAGAGCUUCAGCCAUCAAGGUCAAGAUAAUAGGGGGCCGUAUUGAGAGCACCCAGAUAUUAAAGGCUACGUACACCUUUGGGAGAAUUUCUUUUUAUUGUUGCAUUGUACUAAUUUUGAGCAAAAAAAAAUUUUUUUCCCCCCAAAAAAUAUUUAGCUGUUCUGUCGCAAAGGGUUAACCGUUUGUCUAGCGGUGCAAAUCACUUUCAUUUUUUGCCAGUAAGAUCAUAAGAGCUGUUAGGAAAGAGUAAAAAUACAGAUCCUGCUACUUGAGAAUCUCAAUGCUGUACAGAGAAAAGGACUCAAAAUUUAUACUAAGGACCAGUUGAAAAUGAUUGUGAACCCAAAAUGAGUAAAAUGCAAUCGUAAAUUUGCCCCCAAAGGUGUGCAUAGCCUUUAAAGUGUACCUCUGGAUGUAUUUGUGAAUAACCCCACACAAUGUUACUUAUGUGAGGUCCCACCAUGUGCUCGUUCACCAGGGCUAUGGCCUGCUAGAUACUUGAGUAACUACGUCUGUAUUGCUAUUCCUUCUGCUGUACCCAGUGUGACCAGCAGAGGGAGUAUUUUCUCAAGCAGAGGAAGGAGGCGGUCCCUGACAAGUCUUUCCAGAAGAUGGAGGUGUCACGUUCUUGAUAAUAUAGGCCAGGAGAACCGCUGAGAUCUCUGUAUCACAAGAUCUCUGCUAAGAAGGAUUUUGAGUGUCAAUUAUCUAGACCGACCUAAGCGACAAAAUGAAUUUUUUUGCUCUUUGGACAGAGUUGCCCUUUAAGGCAUGGACAUUCCAGUUCACAGGGGGAGUUCAGUCACGCUCACUACCUGAUCCUGACCCUGCUUAGUCUCUGCUGCAUGUACCGACCUCCAAUCCACUGGCCCUGAAUUGCCCUUAAUGCUGAGCUUCCGUGGCAAAUGUCUAAAUCCCCUCCCCCGACUCCUUCUAGUUAUAUACAGACUAUAUCACUACUGCAGCACUGCUAUAUGGACUGCAUAUAAAGACACCGGACUCUUAAUACAGAAAAGUACAGGAACGCCGACUGAGAUUUAACCCCUUUGGCACUGGCAGAGCUGGUUGACCGUUGCAGGGCAACAUUUCUCCGGCGCUCAGAACGUCCUUCGGUGGUUCAAAUCCUAUUUUUGUAAGAAAAUAAAAAAUAAAAGCAAAAAAUGUAAAGACUGAAUGAUUGUGUAAAUAUAAAUAUAUAUAAUGUAUAUGUCUCUUGGGUAUGUGCAUCUGACAGCACUCGUCAUAAGAUGUCACACUGCAGUAAAGAAUGUCUUUUCUACAUAUAUA